AUGAAUCAUAACUCCAGCAACAAAAUUUUGGAGCUACCAGUGCUUGCUAAUGUUCAAGUAUUUAGCCACGUGGAUGGGAAGUGUCAAAUCAAAAUGACAAGAGUUCUUAAAAAACAAAACAAAAAAGACACUUCAAUUCAAGCAUUUAUUCUAGAUACACAAAUACUAACAGCAGAAUUAGCUUUGAUGCAUGGAGGGGAAGAAGAUAAUAUUAACGGUACGCGUGAAGGUGUAGAGUUGCCGCAAGAUGCGACAAGUGCUCAAAAAGAAGCGUAUGUGGAAUGGCACAAGGACGACGCAAAGCCAGCAAGUCUUGCAGCAAGUGCGCUAAGUAAACCUGUUGCAGAACUCGUCUUAACGUGCAAGAAUACUAAAGAAAUCUCGGAUAAAUUACGCGCCCGAUUUGAACGUAGCAGUACUCAGCGUUUGAAUAUGUUGCUUGAAACAAUUUUCCGUGUUAAACGUGAUGAAACGGAAGAUAUUAGUGCACAUGCGGCCAAACUGCAAAAGUUAUUUGUGGACCUGAACGAUGAAUUAGUAAAACAUGAAGAAAAUACGCUAUCUGAAAGAAUCUUAAAUGGUCGAAUUUUGUGUACGCUGGGAAAAGACUACGACAAUUUUAAGAAUCUCUGGGAUACAGCUGCUUGGUUUGCAGCUUUCGUCGUAUCUAAAACAAGAAAACGGCAAGUAAAGAUGACGGAGUCACAAUUAAAACAGAAGUUUUCGUGUAAUAUAUGCAAACAAUUAGGUCACUGGGCAGCAGAGUGUCCACAGAAGGCCGGCCGAAGUGGACGAGCGAACACUCAUGACAGCAAUAAAAGAAAAGAGAAGAAGCGAGACGGUGAACACGCUGCAUUUACUUCAUACGCUAUGGGUGUGUGUACCAGUAACCACAGUGACCCAAAUAAAUGGUAUUGCGGCAGUGGCGCUACAAAUCAUAUCACUCCCAACGAACAGUAUUUUGUUUCGUAUAGUGAAUUUGAUGCUCCUCAAGUAAUUCCAUUGGGAAGACAACAUGUCAAAAUGUGUGCGUACGGUCAAGGAACAGUUUAA